AUGGAUGAUGUUAAACAAGAUUCGGCUUGGAUGCCUGCUGAUGUAAAUCAAGGAUGGAAACCAUGGCCACAACAAAAUUCUGGCCACAACCAAGGCUAUGGUACGGGGUUACAAGGAAAUGAUUAUGCUGUUUUGGAAAUGCUUAAAAGGAUGGAAAUCAAACAGGAUAAAAGGUAUGAAGAACAAAUGACUUGGCAAUCAAACUUCCAGGAAAUUCAAAAUGAAUGGUACAGGACGAUACAUGAACAUUUGGCCACUCAAGAUGCCAACUUUAAGUUCUUUGGAUCCCAUGAUAAUGCGCAUUUUUCGUCUAUUCGAAAUGAUAUUCGUGAUAACAAUGUGGCUAUUCAAUCUAGAAUUAACGGUAUGAUGACUCAGGGAGUUGAGAAUCGCGAAGAUAAUUUGCAAUUCUACGAGGACAUGUGCAACUUGAUGGGUUGUGUCAUGGUGGAAGACCAUUUCAAGGGAAUUAUUGGUUCAUUGAUAUUUGAAGUCUCUUGUAUUUGGAAUAGAUGGGUUUAG